GAUGUGUGCAUAUCGAAAGAAAGAAAAAUAUUUUUUACGAGCCAACAGCCCUCAGACCCACCCUUCUCAGGUCAGAACACAGUACAAAUGUACAACGAUAUUUCUAGCGAUGUCAUUGCUGUCCCUCUAAGACACUGCCAAUCUUAAAUUCCCAGCAAAAAAGUGAUAAAUCUCUUCGGUAUUAUUCUGUUUUAUUUUCCGUGCUUUAAUUAGCGCGCCUUCUUCAAUUGGGACAUUAUUCUGGUAAUACUAACCCCCUAUAAAAGCCAAACCAAAUUGCAAAAAUUUCUCAUGGCAUUAAGACUUUCAUCCGUUGUCUCCUCCACAGUGGUCUGCCGGCGACUUCCCCUCGUUGGUGCUUUUUGUGUGCUUAGUUUCGGUCUUUCCAAUCUCUGCUCUAUUACUCUAUCCCCUAGAACAGGGUGUGCUCAAUCUUUCCCUUUUGUUCCUCUUUUACGGUCAAGAUUUGGUCAGCAGGCUCUAGUAAAGAAAGUCCAUAACGCAAGGAUGGAAGCUGACAAGAUCACAGUGCCCAGCAUUGUUGUUUAUGUUACUGUUCCAAAUAAGGAAGCAGGGAAAAAACUUGCCGAAAGCAUAGUCAAGGAACAUCUUGCAGCGUGUGUUAAUCGAGUACCAGGUGUUGAAUCAGUCUAUGAGUGGAAGGGAGAGAUUCAAACUGAUUCUGAAGAGCUGCUUAUAAUCAAGACCCGGGAGUCUCUUCUAGAAGCAUUAACAGCGCAUGUGAAAAACAAUCAUGAAUAUGAGGUUCCUGAGGUAAUUGCCUUGCCUAUAACUGGUGGCAAUUUACAGUACUUGGAGUGGAUUAAGAACAGUACAAGGGACUAAGAUGGCCUGGAGAAACAUUGCAUUGGGUUGUUUUUCAGAUGUAUCUGUACAUUUUGGCAGCUUGCUCACUUAAAUACCUGUAAUAAUCUUCUUACCUUUUGGUGUCAUCUGAAUAUGUAUGAUGAUAUUGAUGAUAUUCAGACAGUCUUGUCGAAUAUUUUGGACUGAAGGAUGAUGUGGCUCUAAUUUCUGGUUGUUACAUGAAAUUAUAUUUGCUAUAUCUGUUGUUAAAUUUUUGGCAAACAUGCC